AUGAACCAGACCGUCGGCAAUCGCAAUCAGCGCCAGAGUAGAUUCAAAAUCUUGAACGUGCAGCCGCCAUCGCCCCGCAGGUCCGAGGCAGAUGGCACUGGCAGCAAGGACCAGCGUCAACAGCAACAGGAUGAAGGCGAACACCAUCUAACAGAGACUCCGUCAGGGGCAGCGCCAGCAGCGUCCGAGAUCCAUCUGGAUGGACACUCCGCUUCUGCCGUGCCAGACAAUGUUGACAAUGUCCUCAAUCCCACCCCCUAUCAUCCAGACCACUCCCCCCAUAGUCACUCCCCCUCGAUAUGCACAGAGGCAUCCUUUGCCCCCGCUGCCCAUCAUCCGUCUCCCACUAGUGUAGGGCUAAAUGGCACCGCCAAUCACCGGACGCCGGACCAUUAUCCGUGCGAUGACCCCCCGGGCCAGCCAUACAUGCACUCGAGUCCCGAGGAGUUCGUCGUGAACGAACUGACCGCGCUGCGCGAUCUCUCUGGAAACACGGCGCCCUUUGCGCCACCCAGCUCAGAGCCCUAUCCCACUAUCGCGUCGCCGCUCUUUGACCACAGCGUCUUCUCGGACCCGGCCAACUUUACCGAUAAUAUCUUCGUUCCGGGCUCGGCCUACGAAGCCCUGCAUACGGCGCUGCGGAAUCGGCAGCUCUGGACUGCGCGACCCGAUAUCCCCAGCCGGACAGAAUCGCCUGUAUCUGUCCCUGGGUAUGGAGUUCCGAUAGAUGGGAUACGGCCCGAUGCUGGUCGACAUCAUCAUCGGCAACAGCCGAGUCGGGGCUUUGAGCUCUCGCCGGAUCGGGAGAAUGUGCUCUGGCAGAACUAUCUGAAUGAGAUUUGUCUAUGGCUCGACAUGUUCGACAGCCAUCGGCACUUCGCCUCGACGUUUCCGCAGAUGGCAAAGUCCGCGCCGCACCUGCGAUACUCCAUCCUGGCGCUGUCUGCGAGACAGAUCGAGCGGAAGCAGAAUGAAAAGUCCCAGUCGGAAAGUCUCUCGCUGUACCAAGAGGCAAUCCAUCUCCUCCUACCAGAGCUAGAGAGCAAGACCACCCCCGUUAUCGCCUCCUGCGUAAUUCUCUGCGUGCUGGAAAUGCUGAGCUGUAACCCCAAGGAAUGGCGUCGCCAUCUCGACGGCUGCGCGUAUCUGAUCCAAGCCGCCGAGAUCAACGGGUUCUCAGGGAAGGAGGAACAAGCCCUGUUCUGGUGCUUCGCUCGCAUGGAUGUCUGCGGCGGCCUCAUAUCCGAAGAAGAGACCAUCAUCCCCAUCCGGCACUGGAUCCCUAAAGACAUGACUCCCGCCGAGGCAUCCCAGCUCUUCCUCACAUCGAACGUCUCCGCCUUCGACACCUACGCAAACUAUACCGUGUACCUCUGCGCGCAGACCGUCGGCGUCCUCUUCGGCGCCUCCACCACGCCGCAGCCCUACCUGGGGAGCCCGGACGACGCCGACUCGUACGUCCACCGUUGGAAGAGACUGUUCGCUAGCGUGGAGCAGUGGUACGACAACCGGCCGAACCAGAUGAAGCCGAUAUUUACGGUGGGGGCGAGCAUCGAGUGGGGAAGUGCGAGGCCGUUUCCUACUGUGCUGUAUGGGAACGGCGCAGCGAUCUCCGGAAACCAGCUAUAUCACACGUGUGCAUUGCUUCUGCUGCAGCGGAAACCGAAGACGCUCUCUCUGCCGCGACGGCCGAAAUCGGUUCUCUGGCACGCCCGCCAGAUCUGCGCCAUUUCGGCCUCGAAUACCCACCAUGGCUGCUGGACGAACGCGCUGCAGCCGCUCUGGCUGGCGGGAAAGACCAUGUCGCAUCAUUCGGAGCAUGCGGCCAUCGUCGAGACGUUGACGCGCAUCGAGCGCGAGACGGGAUGGGCGACGGCGUGGCGGGUUGAGGAUCUUAGGGAUUUUUGGGGCGAUGACGAUGAUGUUAAUGGGGUAGAGGAUAGUAUGAGGAUGGAUAUAGAGAUGGAUGUGAAUCUGCAGACGCCGAGGAGUUACGGGGGGGGUCGGUGA